AUGCGAUCCUCCGCCAUCUUCGUCGCCCUCGCCGCCACUGCGGUUUCGGCCCAGACUGUUCCGACCUACAAGAGCGCUCUGAACAUGACCAUUGACCCCAACACUGUUCCUCAGCAGCAGCGAGCUGUUUGGUGCCAGGGCCAGACCAACACUUGCCAGGUCCUUUGCGACAAUAACACUGACCAGAAUGACUGCAACCAGGCUGAGCUCACCUUCGACUGCACAUGCGCUUCCAACAGCUCGGCUCCUGGUCUCCAGUACUACACCCAGACCCUGCCCACCUUCAUCUGCCAGCAGCUCUUCUCCAGCUGCAUCCAGUCCAACGCUGGCAACGCAGAUGGCCAGGAUGAGUGCAAGAGCAAGAUCCAGAAGCUCUGCGCCACCCAAAACCCUCCUACUAUCGCUGAGAUCAGCAAGCAGGCCGAUGCUUCUACUGCUGCCGCCACGACCACUUCCAGCUCUUCUACCAGCCACGCCUCCACCACCUCUGCCGACCAGUCUGCUAGCAGCUCUGCCUCGUCGACAAGCUCAAAGGCCGCUGCCGCCGCCACCAUGGCCCCUGCAGGAGCUGGUGUUUUUGCCAUGGCCGCCGCUGGUCUGGCCGCUUACGCCCUCUAG